UCUGAUUUGUUUCGAACGUCGGAGGGGCUUGCAUUAAGUGAAAUUGAAAAUUUGUAGUGCAAAUAGCUGAACUGUUUGUAUUUGCACCGAAGGGCCGAGAGGCCGAGAGCAAGUGCACGUGUAAACAAACAACCAUACAACAUGUCGCUGUUGCCUGAUCCUGCUGAGUGCACAAUGUCUAACCCGUCGUCUGAUUCGGAAAAUAACAGUGAAAAUGAGGCUCAAGCACUUGCGAAACCCCAAAAAAUAAAGAAGAAAGAGAAAAGAGGAAUUAUAUAUUUGUCAACUAUUCCCAAAUUCAUGAAUGUCACGAAAGUGCGGGAAAUUUUCGGUGAAUAUGGAGAAGUUGACAGGGUAUUUCUCCAACCCGAAGAAAAAAAGGAGGAUAAAAAUAAGGUCCGAAAGAAAAGAAAACCAGCCAAACAUUUCACUGAAGGAUGGAUUGAGUUCAAGAAGAAAAGAAUAGCCAAACAAGUUGCUGCACUAUUAAAUAAUAAACAAAUUGGAGGACGGAAAAGGAGUAAAUACUAUGACUUUAUAUGGAACAUCAAAUAUCUACCACGCUUUAAAUGGGUUCAUUUGAGCGAGAGACUUGCUUAUGAGCGUGCAGUUCGCAAGCAGAGAAUGAACACUGAGAUUGCUCAGGCCAAACGAGAAGCGACCAUCUUUUCAAACAAUGUUGAUCUUGGGGAAAGGUUGUCAAAACGCCAAACCAAGGAAUCAGAUCAACAAAAAGAAUUGCGAAAGUCUCUUGAUUCAGAGAAGAUCGUUCACCAAUACAAACAACGGGAGCUAGACAGUGAAAUUGUUGAGAAAAAACUUAAAUUGUUAAACGACACUAGUGUGAAAAUCAAGAAGAAGAAUAAGGUCGCCCACCAAAAGGAAACUGGCCCUCUAAGUGAAGAAGGCAGACAAGAUUUUCUUAAAUCUCUGUUUGGAAAUAGAAAGUAAAAAUACAUCUCUUGAAGGGUGCUUCAAAUGCUUAAUGUUUGUUAUUGUAAGUUAGCUACUGAUUUAAAUUGUAUCCACAUUUGAGAUUAUUUUCCACACUGGUACUUUGCAAGUUUGUCCAGUGCACAGUUAGUAGAGAAUAAGGGAUACAACCAUUUCCCAACCAAUCAGCAAAAAACAAUAUAUUCUCAUGAGGCAGAGAA